AUGGGGGAGGAGGCGGCGGUGGUGGUGGUGGAGGCCCCGAGGCCCAGGUCGCCGCCGCGGUACCCGGACAUGUGCGGCCGCCGCCGGAUGCAGCUGGAGGUGCAGAUCCUCGACCGCGAGAUCACCUUCCUCAAGGACGAGCUGCAUUUACUUGAAGGAGCUCAACCAGUGUCACGUUCUGGAUGCUUGAAAGAGGUAAAUGAGUUCGUUGGCAACAAACAAGAUCCACUAAUACCAAUUAAGAAAAGGAAGCAUCGCUCCUGCCGUCUUUAUUGGUGGAUCAGAUCAAAAUUGUGCGUAUGCGCUUCAUGGUUUUGCUGCUCCUGCCAAUGCUUACCCAAGUGCAAAAGGCCAAGGUGCUUCGACUGUUCAUGCUGCGAACCAAAUUGCUCGUGCUGUAGUCCGAACUGCAGCUGCUUCAGCAUUCCCGCGUGCUGCAAACCAGGCUGCGGCUGCUUCAAGACCUCCUCAUGCUGCAAGUCCCAGUGCAGCUGCAGCAGCCCAAGUUGCUGCACCUGCAGCCUCCCAAGCUGCAGCAGCUGUAACCCUUGCGGCGAAUGCAAGCCGGGAUGCAGCUCAUGUUCUGGCAGCUGCUGCGAUUGCAAGCCAAGCUGCAGCUGCGCGGAUUGCUCUUGCCCCCAAUGCGCAGGCUGCUUCAGCUGCUUCAAGCUCCCCAACUGUGCCUGCACGCAAUGCUUCAAGUGCCAGUCGUCGUGCUGCAAGGGGCAGCCGUCCUGCUUCAAGUGCCAGUCGUCCUGCUGCGACAAAGGCGGCUGCUGCAGCGGCGGAUCGUGCCUCAGCUGCCCGAAGCCGUCGUGCCCCGAGUGCUCCUGCGGGUGCGUCUGGUCGUGCAAAAACUGUACAGAGGGAUGCCGGUGCGCCCGGUGCGGCAACCCGUGCUGUGCUGGCGGGUGCUUGUGUUAG